UCAUCAUUUUUCUCCAAAAUCAGUACCAGAUGUAAUUUUCCAGGCUGCAUCAGGAGAUGAGGUUUCGUUUGUUUUCACCAGUCAAGCGGAUGGCAAGCUCGUUCCUGUUGAAUAACUAUAAAGCCAACAGAACAGGUGGGAAAUAGAGAUUCGCCUCAUUUCAAAGAAAUACUUACGAGAAAGUUCACGUUUUCAUGUCCACGUCAAGCACCAUCACCGAAGACGUCAAGAGAACUCAUGUUCGAAACUGGAUUUGAUAUUGCAAGCUCAAUCACUGUCCGCACCAACUCGGAAUGGAGCUUCUACAAAUAUAUUACCUGCAAUUUUUAAACCUUUGCAAAAGCCAAGCAAGUCAAAUAGAUCCUUAUGAUCCAGGCAAUCCACUAGGGUCCAGGAAUCCCUAGAACCUGAAAAUCCUUAUGAUCCAGGCAGUCCUACAGCCUCUGAUAUGGAACCUCCCCCUACCAUAUCCCGUCAAAAAGUUAGGACCGACUUCAGCCUACUCGUCAUCAAAUCUGAUGAAGAAUAUACACCUGACCUUAAAACUCUUGAAGUUCGCUGGUACCUCCCUAAAGACGCAAUAAAGAGGAAAUGGUACACCAGUACCUAUUCCAAAGAACAACAAAAGGAGUUAGGUCGGCUAUGGAUAGCCGAUAUGAAAAGACUCCGAUGUGACAUAGAAUUCUUUCGAUGGUUUGAGUUUACCAGAAGAAUGGAAAACCAGAAUGAAUCCCUUAACGUUAUCAUUAAUAAAUGGUAUACCUAGAGUAACAAGAUAAUUGAAUCCGUUACUCCUCCUCUUGAAGGGAUAAAAAUUCCUCAUUCCAAUGAAGUCCUCAAUGCUUCACCCUUUAAGAAGAAGCAUGAUAGACCCCUAUCAGCCCUUAUUAAUAGAGACCUCGAUAGGAUAGUUGAACAAAACAACUAUACUAAUCAGGUCCUUCACACUAUCUCCCAACAAAUAGGAGAUACUAAAAACUCGAUACUUCCUUUUAGUUCCCCCGCUCCUGAGAAAGGGACUCCAAGCCCUAAUCCUAUAGCCAACCCCAUCUUUAAGAUCCCUGAAUUCCAAAA